AUGACAGCCUUGGAAUGCACAUGCGGUCGCAUAUUCCGCGACAAGAAAGCCUUGCGGGAGCACCGAAAGGCAAAAGCUCAUCACAUCUGCCACCGUUGCAACAAAUGUUUUCGGUCAAACAAAGAAUUCACGGAACACCAAGCUCUUCGCGAGACAUGCUGGCAGAAUCCGGUCAAGGACAUGCAAUGGCACUGCUACACCUGCGGCGAGAUAUUCGACAGCCAAGCUGCCUCGGACAGCCAUGUUGAAGAAACUGGGCACGUCGGCGUGAUUUUUUGUAAUGACUGUCCGAGGCUCUUCAAGACUUGGAAAGCCGUUCUGGGCCACAUCAGAGAUAAAGUCCAUCCGGAGCCUUUCGAGCCCUCCAAAAAGUCCCAGAAAUGCAGUUACGAAUACUGCCAUCGUACGUUUAAGGACAGAAAAGCUUUGCGGCAGCAUUUGAAAUCUGUCGUUCAUCAUCCGAUUUGGAAGAUGCCUUGCAUGGCGGGCAAGAUUGGUGGCGUGGAGUGCAAUGCCUAUUUCUCCAGUCCAUCAGCUAUGGUUGCACACCUAGAAAAGGGCAAAUGUCGGUCGGGCAUGGACCGGCAAAAGCUCAACAGACUGCUAUUUCCACAGGAUAAUGAGAACCGCAUAACCAAUUCAAGCAGCACUUCUGAAGCCUCUGGCUGGGUCAUCCUAGACGCGGAACAAGAAUCAGUCUGCUCGGGAGUCAUGACUCCAACCACAGAUUCAGGCGAGGACGCGAUACUGGCUCCUAGCAGCAGUCAGCUCGAUUCGAUGAGCCUUGCUGGAAAGGAGACGGCGAUACUUGAUUCAUCGGCCGUGGAGAGCACAUGUACAGAAUUGCCCGCGGACCGCGUUUACAUGUGCCUCUACUGUCCUGGUAGUGAGCGACGAUUCGAUGGAAAAGCAUCUCUCGAGCAACACAUGAUAUCUGUUGCCCACGCGUCCAGGAUGUUUAACUAUCCUCCGUCUCUCUUUCAAGGAGGAUCUGGGGGGUCCGAGCCGAGCAAGAAGGAAUUUCGAACCAUGAGCGGGCUCGUUGCGCACCUUGAGAGUGGCGCAUGUCGUCGCGGAGAUGCGGGUCUGACAAGAGUGCUGGGGUAUUUGGAGGAGAGGUUAUCCGAGGACGUGGAAAACUCGCUGAAGUUGUUGAACAUUUAA